CCGAGAUGUGAUGCGCGAGAACUACGAGACGCUGGUCUCCGUGGGGACAGCUGAGCUGCUUCCCCUCUCUGCUUUCCUGUCACCCACGGAGCCUGGAGGAGCCACGGGCCGAGGGGGCUGCACUGCUGAGAGGCCGGAGCCUGCUGGUGGGGGAGUCCCCCAGGGAGGACAGCCCCGGCACAGCCUGCACCUCACUGCCCUGGUGCAACUGGUGAAGGAGAUCCCAGAGUUCCUGUUCGGGGAAGUCAGGGGUGCCAUGAACAGCCCCGAGAGUGGGGGAGCCAGCCUCGAUGGGGAGAGAGCGAGCCCCGAGGCAGCACCCACAGCAGUGGAGCUGUGUCCUCUCCGAGGCCUGCUCAGCUGCCUUCCGGACGUCCCCGUCAGCCGACCCAGCCUGGCCUCCACGCCCACCAACAGCUCAUGUUCCAGCAGCCCACCCGAAGAUGGGGGACAAGGAAGCCCCCUUCCCAUCACAGCGGCCGACAAACCGUGGCCUACAGGGAAGGCAGGCCCAGGAGCCCCAGGCAGGGAGCCCAGCCCACCUGCCUGCAGCCCUGGCAGGAGGAAGAGCCGCAGAAGACAGGAGAGAGGGACGUCGGGGGCAGGACUCUCUCCUGGGAACAGCCCCCUGCAAGGCCUUGUCAACUGUCUGAAAGAAAUCCUUGUGCCUGGGUCCCAGCACUCCGAGGCACCCCGCAACGUGCUGCCCCCUCUCCCCGGCCUGGACGCGUCAAGGCUGACCAGUGUGGAGCUGGGGCCUGGGAGCCCGCCCCGGGAAGUGAAGACAGAGGCAGCUUCAGGGGAUUGUCCCCUCCAGGGCCUACUGAACUGUCUGAAGGAGAUCCCAGAGGCCCGGAACAGGCAUCCCAGCACCUCAGGAGCAGGGGACCCUUGGCCACAGGAGGAUCCAGGGGCCUGGAAGAGGAAUUCUGGAGGGUCUGGACACCUCCCAACCCCUGCUCCCUGCCCUGGUCCUGGUGCUGGUGGCAUGCUCUCUGUGAAGGUGGAGGAAUGUUGGGCCCAGAGCCCUCCGUUGCCAGCAUCCUGUCAGCCCAGCAGGCAGACCAUCAGCCCCUCUGCCACUGGAGACACCAGAGGGGUCCCAGGGCCCAGCUGGGGCCCUCAGGCUCAAGCCGCCAAUGCGUCAAGCUCGCCGCUGGAAGCCCUGGAGGCCUGUCUGAAGGGCAUCCCCCCAAGUGGGUCAUUACCCGCCCAGCCACUGGCCACCUCUUGGUCCCAGAUCCCCCAGCCAGGAGACUCCGGGUCCCAGAGGCCUGAGCCACGGCCCCACAGAUCCCACAGUGAAGGGGCAAGGAGGGAGCCGCCUCUGCCUCUAGGCCUGCAGGGCUGUGUGAGAGAGGGCCCCGCCCUGCCCCCAGGCCCCCGGCACACGCCCUCCAGCUUUUCCUCAUCCAGCAGCACCGAUGGGGACCUGGAUUUUGGGAGCCCUGGGGGAAGCCAGGGGCAGCGGCCCGGAAAAGGAAGCCCACCAGGAAGCUCCCCACUCCAGGAUCUAGAGAACUGUCUCAAAGAGAUACCUGUGCCCGGGCCACAGCCUGCCUGGCCCUGCUCCUCGGCAGCAGAAGGGGGACUGAGGAGAACAGAGCCCAGGAACUGGACAGCAGACAAGGAAGGACUGAGGGGUGAGCCCUGUGCGCCAGCCCGUCUCGGGCAGGGAGGGGGAGAAGUACCCUCCAGGAGCCUCCAUCUGUCCAACCCAGAGGCGUUCACCUCCAGCUGUGUCUCCACCUGCCACCAGCGGGGGCUCAGAGACCCUGGGGCCACGAAGCCAGGAGCGUGGAGGUGCCUCCAAGACGGGCCAGCUGCCAAGCCCUCCCCGCUGCACUGCCUGGAGAACUCCCUGAGGGGGAUCUUGCCCACGAGGCCCUUGUACUUUGCCUGCUUGUCCGGCGCCAGCCCCAGCCCCAGUCCCGGCUCCAGCUCGAGCUUCAGCAGCUCCGAGGGAGAAGACCUGAGGCUGGAGCCUGUGCCCUGGCGGCCACUCCUCCAGGAGCGGGACCACCCUCCCAGCUGCAAGUGUCCUGUCCCUCUGUCUCCGUGCCCUGGCGGAUCCCCCACUAGCAGCAGCAGCAGCAGCCAUGGUGACGACCCCAGGAGAACAGACCCUGGGGGCUGCAGCGGUCUCAGUGCAGGGAGAGCUGGGGGUCCCUGUCCUGCCCCUCCGCUGGACAGAAGGCCUGGGCCCAGGGUUGGCGAAGCAUCCCGGGGCCUGGAGCCUGGACACGGAAGACCCAGAGUUGCAGCCAGGACCCAUGGCAGGCUGCUCCCCGGGGGCCUGCCUGAGCUGCCCAGCGCGUCUCCGCCACCGGAGCUGCCCCCUCCAGCGGCCGCGUUUCCCGCUUUGCCAGCCAUCGCCUCGCAGCUGCCGUGCUCCUGCGGGAAGCCGCUGCGGCAGGAGCUGCACAGCCUCGGUGCUGCCCUCGCAGAGAAGCUGGACCGGCUUGCCACGGCCUUGGCAGGCCUGGCUCAGGAAGUGGCCACCAUGAGGACCCAGGUGAACCGGCUGGGGAGGCGCCCGCAAGGCCCUGGACCGAAGGGCCAGGCUUCCUGGCCAUGGACCCUGCCCCGGGGGCCUCGCUGGGCUAACAGCCCUGGCCACAGACACCUGCCAUACUGGAGACAGAAGGGCCCUGCCAGGCCUAAACCAAAGAUCCUGCGGGGCCAGGCAGAAGGCUGCAGGGCCGGUAGCUCCCCCGCACUCUCCAGAGGGAGGGUCCGCCUGGUGCCUCUGCUGCCUCCAGAACUUUCUGGGCCCAACUGCAGCCCUUCCCAGCAGCCUCUCUCAGCACCCAGCUGCCAGGCUGUGCUGACUGUGCACCCUCCCCUCGGACACACCGUGGGCCACCAGAGCCCCCUACCCCGCUUAGUGCCUGCUGCCUUAUCCUCCCAGACGGCCUCUCCUCCUGCAGCCAGCACAGACUCAGAGCUGCUGGCUGCAGGAGUAGCACCAGCCGGGAUCCCGAACCGGCCCAAGGAGCCAAACAGCUUGCUGGCAGGAGUCCAGAGAGCCCUCCAGGAGGAACUCUGGGGUGGUGAACACAGGGACCCGAGGUGGGGGACUCAUUAA